ACACGAGUAAAAACCCUCACUGAUAGACUCUGGAUUGCGCUAGUUGGACUGAAUGCUGAUGACAUAUUCAAUGAUUAUAUCUCUUGGACAUAUUUACAAUCUACAUUUUACCUCUAUUGGCAUGACUGAUUUUACAUUUGAACCAACCAUACCAAUUGGUAACUAAUCGUGUCAACUUCGAACUCAUUCCAAGACCAGUGCUUACCAGAUACCACAGACGUAUCUGUAUCUGACGUGCAGCUUAUCAGUUAUUGUGAUCCGACUUAUAUUAGCAACAUUAACUGAUGGAUUGAAUGCUGAUGAGGCAGACAAUGUGAAGUGGAAAGUGUAUAAUCUCUAAACGCAGUAAAGCAGAGAAUGAAAUCAACUUCUCAAAACAGAGGGAAGCAAAAUGAUGGAUCACGAGGAAGAAUUUCUUAAUGUGUUUUUUAAUCAUGUAUCUCAACUGAACUUUGAUAAAGCAAAAGAAAUAGUGGAACGUGAAAGGGAAUCUCUGCGUUUGGCCCAAGGUGAUCCAUGGGCUAUGCUGUUAGCACAUUUGCCCCAAAUUGCUGUUGCUGAAAAAUCUUAUGUUGAUCUUGGAUUCUUGGUCACAAAGAACAAAGGAUUCUUAAGAAAAGAUAAUUCCCUUAGGUCUAUGUAUGAUAUUUUACGAGGAGACUUUCGACGGUUGGAAGAUGUUACAAGACAAAGUACUGGUGAUCGUACCAUAAUGACGGUUGCUAGUCAGUUAUGUCAGUUUUUAACUGCUCGAAUUGAACUUAUUGAUUUUUAUGAAAAAAUGCAUUUGAUGGGGACAGGGAAACAAAUGAAAUAUGAAGAGUUACUUGUGCAAAUUGAAGAUAUAGUGGAUAAACAUGCAUUAUCAUUUCCACAUAUGGUUUUAACAUCAAUCAAAGCUGCGCUAAGCUUAGAAUGUGAAAUUCUUGCUCAUCUUUUGCGAGCACAGUUAGAGAUGCAGUUGUGGCGGUUUUUGCAAUCAUUAAUGCAGCUUCAUGGAGCUCAUACAAGAAUAACUGCUUGGGAAAGAACUCUUCAUAGCAAGGAUUCCUGGAAAUUAGCUCCAUUUUUAAAAUCUAGUCAGUUACCUGCUUUAUUUCAAUGGCUUUUAAAAUUAAAAGCAGCAUUUGUUUCAAAAUUCUCUUUAUACUUUUUUACAACUUUGGCUCAACAAACACCUUUACAAGAAAUGAAAAACCUCUACAGCAGACAGUCAUCAGAUUAUUACCACAAAAUACAAAGCUUUCAGCGACGUUAUGAUGCAACUGCUGUUAUGCUGGUUUUUGAUGCUCAUCAGUUAGAAGACUUUGCUGGGCCUGGUUACCACCACCCUCAAAAGCCAGUUGAGCCUCUUCAAGAUCUAGAUUGUUAUUCCAUUAUGUUUAGUUAUCCUGUAAAAGCACAAAGCCAUAUGCCAAACAUUGUCAAAGUCAUUACAGAAAGAGCAUCAGAACUGGCAGCUGUUGAUAGAGUUGUCUUCUAUUUCAGUCCUCGAGAUCAAAAUACAUAUGUAAUGUCAAGUAUAGAUCCCAGAGUUACACUUGUAGUGGUGUUUGAUUCAAAGAAAGCUGAAAAAGAGAGUUAUAUUACUAAUUUUGUUCUCGAUCUCAGCUUGCAACUUCGCUGUAAUAAGGUUUUUGCAAAUCUUAAACUCAAUACUAAGUGAGAAAUGAAUCAAGUGGACAAUUUAUUGUACUUAUUCUAUAACUGAACAAGGCACAAAAAUAUAUUUGCACAAUGUAUGUGGAAGGAAGAUCUAUUAAAUGAAUUAUAUUUUUAAAUUAUACAUUUAUUGUUUAUUGCCUAAUCCAUUUAAAUAUAUGCUUUUAUAAAGAAUACUCCCUGUUUGUUUGUUGUUUUUUUUUUUUUGCUCUAAGAUAGAGUUACAGAGGCAAUAGAUUAGAG